CAGGCUUCACCCGUAUAUUUUCUUCCUAAACAUCACCUCCUCCUCCUCCUCCUCCUUCUUCCUCCGUCGUCCUCCGCCGAUUUGUAUAUAGGAUUUUUCUCCCUUUAGAUAGCAUCUGUUCUUUGCGUAGAGAUAAAGACGAGUGUUUGUGUAUGUUAAAAGGAUUUUUUUUUUUUCCUUUAUUUUGUUUUUGAUGUUUGGUAAUGGCGACGGCGCCAGUGAAGUCGCAGCCUCUACACAACUUUACCUUUCCUUUCCUCAAAUGGGGGAACCAUGGAAUCGCCACUGAUCAACGGCGUGGUUCGCCAGAGCUAGAUUCUGACUCUGAGCUGCCGCGGCAGCCGCGGGUCGGGUCGCGUUCCGCCCGUGUUCAGCGGGUGUCCUUCACGUCGAAAUCCAUCGGGCAACACCGACAACAGCAACGGGAGGAGAUGUCUUUUGAGAUGGAAGAGGAGACGCAACCGGAAAACCAACGGCAGGAGGAGGCCAUGUCGCCGGCGAGACAGCGCAAACAUGUGGCUGGUAAUGAAAAAGAAGGUGAUGAAACAGGGGAGGAAGAGGAGGAACAUGAGGAGGUGGAGACUGCUAAGAGGCCGUGGAAUUUGAGGCCCAGGAAGCCAGAAGCCAUGGUGACGGUGGCAGUGGAGAAGCAGAGCGAGAUUGCAGUGGCGGCGCCGAAGUCGAUGAGACUGAGGGCUUUCGCGGAGAAUGGAGGAGGGGUUGUGGAGAAGAAGGAAAAAAGGAGACUUUGGGUAGCCUUGUCGAAGGAGGAGAUUGAAGAGGAUGUGUAUGCGAUGACCGGGUCGAGGCCUGCCAGGAGACCAAAGAAGAGACCAAAGAACGUGCAGAAGCAGCUUGAUAGCGUUUUUCCUGGGCUGUGGCUGGUGGGUUCGUCGGUGGAUGAUUACCGUGUUGCUGAUUCUUCGGUUAAGAAAUAAAUCUGCUAAUGGGUGCCAUAGACAAGAGGAGCAGGAGUAUUGAUCUUAGUAAAUGUGGAUAUCUGGAGUGCUUGCAGACGAUGGAAGAUUAAGCAAGGUAGCACAAGAGACAUUGAGACUUCAAUUUGAGGUAUAAUUAUAGUUAAUACUGUAGACAUGGGAAAGUUCGAGGAAAUAUAUCUGGUUUUUGUUCAUUUGCAUUUGUAUUGUGCAGAGGCAUGGGGAUGGGGAUUUAGUGGCAGAGUUUAGUAUGCUCGCAUUUGCUUAGUAGUUUUAAGUGUAAAGUAUGAACACAAAUAUUAUGAAACAGAAAUACUAUGAUCGCCUUUUGUUUUAGUACAAUAUGAAGAGUAUGUUGGCUUCCCUACAUGUUGGGGGCCAGCACAACAAGCUCUGUAGUUAGUAUCCAGUCCCUUGUCCGGAUAUGAUUAAGAUUAGUGGCACUGCUUCUUCCUACAUCUGGAAGAGCUCUUCCUUUAUUUAUUUGAGCUUCAUCAAAUGAAGUCCCUGAUGAGGUUGAACAAUUUAUAAAUUUUGCCCAUCUUC